AUGGGUACUGGAAUAGAGUGUGAGGACAAUUGGGAACUAGUCUACAAUCGUAGAUUAAUGAUUGGUGUCGAUGGUUUGCAAAAAUGGAGAAGACAUGUAGGGAAGGAGUUGAAUGUUAUGUAUAUGCAUAACGGAGCAUCAAAACGAAAUGCUUAUCAGUUGCUCCUGAUGCAGAAUUCUCUGUCAUCUAUGACUAAACUUGGCACUUCUGGAAAUCGAAAAUCGGAAUAUAGUGAUGGAUUAUCUAGUUAUGAUGAUAGCCUACCUCGGGAUAUCCGUUGUAGCGAGAACUGUCAACAAUCAGGUGAAAAGUGGGAAGUGGAAAAAACUGACUAUUAUGACAAAAUGAUAGUAAACGGUGGUAUAUUGAUGUCGAAGCAGCUUUGUCAAAUACGUGGAAUCAGUAUUGUCAACAGUAAGAGCAUAAAUAGUACCAGAACUGACGAAACUUCUAUUAGGUCUUUGAGGAAGUUGUCAAGGAAGAGUUGCAUUAAUGUAUCAGCAGAAAAUAAAGAAUGCGAUCAGAAUGUGAAGGAAUUGACAAAUCGUCAAAAAUUCUUGAAACUUUGCAAUGUCAAAAACCAAAGCGAAGAUUCCGAUCGGUUAGGUGUUAUAUCGUUUGCUCAUGCUAGGAUCAAGCCGAUUAAUUAUAAACACAUGCAGGAAAUCAGUUUUCGUGAUUUGAUUUCAACAAAUAUGAGCAGUACUUCAUACUCAUCAGGUGACAGUUCACCAUUUCGUAAAAAUCUCGAUGAUAACAAGAGCUCGAAUUUAAUAUAUCCACGUAUUUCUACUCGAUGGCAUAUAUCAACUAGUGACAAGAUUAUAGGUGUCAGAGCUUCAGACACAAUAGAAGAAGGAUCAUUAUUACUUCAUUCAACAGUACAUAAUUCCAGCUGCAAUACAACUGCAACCGAAUACGAUCCAAACUUUAUAGCAAAUUUUGACUCCCGAGCUCAAAAAACUGUGAUGAAAUUUAAUGGAUAUGUAAGCAUAGUAAUGCAUUAUCAGCCAGACGAUGAAAUGAAACGUUUAGUAAACGAAGCAUUUCGUUCACGUUUCCCGCAUGUUCACGUUUCCUUUAGUAAAAUUAAGAGUAUUAAACGAGAGCUUCACCAAAUAGCUGUUGCAUGUAAUUUAGAACAUACUACAACAGCACAUGCCUAUGUUUUCUACGAGAAAGUACUCCUAAAGGGCUUAGUGUGUAAAAUGAAUCGGAAAUUGGUGGCUGGAGCAGCUCUUCUCAUUGCUGCGAAAAUUACGGAUUUUGGAUCUAUGUGCGUAUCCGAUGUUGUAAACUAUUUGGAGUCAUCAUUACGAACCAAUCGCAAAGAGCUUUUGCGAUAUGAGAUACCACUCUGUGCAGCACUUGGUUUCAAUUUGAGGGUGCCCGUUUUGGAGCUCUUACCUCAUUACCAAAGGAUCGCUUUAACAAUGUUAUGA